UGUAGAAAGUGAGUAUCCUGUGGUCCAGAGCAACAAGCAACGCUAUGGAAAGCUGGCUGUUCUCCGUUCUUCCAUUUCUUCUGUGGACAUGCUGUACUUCUCAAAAUGUUUGUCUAGAACCACCUGACAUUGAUUUUGGGGAAAUGAUAAGUGAUGAGAAGGCCAGGUACCUGGAGGGUGACAGAACACAAUACAAGUGCAACCCUGGAUAUGUCUUGGAAGGCACUGAAUGGAUAACGUGUCGUGGGCAAAAGUGGACACCUGCACCCAGGUGCUUGGCACCUUGUGGUAUCACAAAACAACAGCUAGAUGCAAAAGACCUGCUCCUGUCUGGGAAGCGAAGACGGUCCCAGUCCUUCAUUUUUGACCUUUGGUAA